GCUUGCACAAGGCCACCAUGUUCAAAAAUUUCCUGCCCUUUUCUGAGUUGUCCUCCUUGGACAUAGACUUGCAUUCACUAUUUUCUUAGUAUCCUGUCCACGAGAUAACGCACUCAAUCUCCCCCAACUUUUUGUGCCUCGGGCUUCGGUGGACGGUGUCGUACGACUUGCGGCUUACUUGCGGCUUUGCUGGCUCUCGGAUGUAGAGCUUGAGCUAAAAGCCAAAGGCUGGUUCUACGCGUACGAACAGGUACGAACCCGAGGGCUCAAACUCAAGAAGUUCUACUAUUCAUAGCCAGGCAUCCCAUAUUCAAUGUUGGAUCACAAUGAGAAAGAUAGUCCGAACUUUUCAAUGAGACCGAAGGUGAAUCCUAAUUUGAUUCAUUGCAGCACACAAAAAGUUGACACCGCGAAAUGAUUACAAGAAAUAGGAUUACAAUACGCAAAGUGAAUCAGACCUAUUUACUUAUUCAUACCGCGCCCCAGCGAACUGAGCAUCGCUGUCUACUCUGGAGGUUCCCUCCUCCCUUCUUUGACAAUUUUUUGCGUGGUUCUGUCAACGUACUAUGCAUGGAAUAUCGUUGGCAUUCGCUGACAUUAUAUCGGCGCAGUCGAACACUUGGUCGAACUACGAUGCUUGCCAUACCCUCAACAUGCCAGAUUGUAUCGGAAACUUCCGCUGGGUAAUGCCGAAAACAAAUGCACUUCGAGACUGAGGCCUGAGGUCCGGCUUUCUUUCACUUUCACAACCUCGUUCGCUUACUCUUUUGCGUAUUAUUAUUCGUACUGAAAAUACGCAUUAAGAUGCUACAGCAAGUCACGAUUCGCGGUACCAUGCUCAGCAGCAUUAACUCAAGACUCCCCGGAGAGAUGAUCGACAGAGUGAUUGACCACCUGCAUGAUGACAAACGGUCUCUUUCUGCCUGCUCGCUUGUUUGCACCCUUUGGCAACCUGCCAGUCGUUUUCAUCUCUUUCGGCAUGUGAAGUUGUCCGACGCAUUUUCAGAGACAUCCGAGAGUCUAUUUGGUUUGGUGUCUCGCUUCCUGACCGAUGUAAAGCAUCUUUGCUUUAAUGUCGAACAUCUUCAUAUCUCAUAUGAACAUGAGACGCUUAUGUAUCCCCUCCUCGACAACAUUCUUCGUCACAUGCCCAGGGUACAUUCCCUCGCAUUCACCGGAAUUCUAUGGAGGGUUAAACACUCGUCACUUAACCCACUUGCUUCGUACCCUCUCAUUAAAUCUCUAACUUUUGAGACAGUGCAUUUCACUAGCUCAGGUGAUAUUGGUACUUCCGUAGAAUGUUUUCCGCUUCUUUCCCUUUUCCCUCACGCUCGCGAACUCCGUCUCUUGAACAUAGAGGAUCCUCUUGACUACCCUUCUGAUUUUUUCCCCAACCAUCUUGCCUUGCGUAGCUUCAAGGCGGACCACAGUUGCGAAGGGACCCCUGCCCUCCUUGCCGCUCUAUCGAUUACAUCAACAGUCGAUUCAUUAACUCACUUGGAUGUGGGGUGGAUCGUGAACCCGGGGCUUUUUCAAGCCCUUCGAGAGCUUGAUGUCCGCAUCAAGAAGCAUCUGGUCUUUCUGCGUAUGGGACUGGACGACAUAUCAGAUUUGAUUGAACAUGACGAGACCGGCGGUGUGCCUUGGAACCUUUUAAACCUUCGGGAGUUCACCUCGCUUAGAGAGGUCAGCAUCCUUGUUCCAGAACCACGCAACCCGCUUUUGGAUGCUAUUCUCGCAAUUGACUCCCUACCCACCCGCAUUCACAACAUAACGAUCGAGUUCGAGGCCAUGCGUUGGGACCAAGAUAUACCGGCAUAUUUCUCGAUGGACAUUUGGGCUGAGUUGGAGCGCAUGAUGUCUCGUUUCACCCAACUUGAAUGCAUGCGGUGCAUAGCAAUUGAUGUGACAGGAAAUGAGCCUCACCCGCUCUCAUCGUCCGUCCAGGCUGAAAUAAGAUCGCAUAUGCCCUCACUGGUGGCGAAAGGCUUGUUGAAGUUCUGAGGUUAUGGUUUUGCUCAAGGCCUUCCAACGGAGUACCCAUUCAUUUGCGACAAAGGAAGACUCUUCGGCAGAUGGCCGCAAGCACACAUUCCACAAGACGCAUUCGAAGACCGAUGCUACCCUUUUGUGAUUUGGCGCAUGUAUCGCUGGUCCCUUACAUCUACCGCAUAUGAUGUCAACUCCAGCAAUACCUAUCCAAACAGGAUGCACAAAUGCCACUUCUCUUCACCCCCAACCGCGCUCUCGCCCUAUCCACGACAGCACAAGCCAGGCAAACGGGCCACUCGGCAUCUUUUUCCAAGGUGCCAGUUCUUUGAUUCACGUGAGGAAUGCCUUGCGUGGCGAUAUCAAACACUUGGUUCAACAUUCCUCUGAUUUGCUCAGGUUCGUAGGUGGUUUGCAUAGUUGCCGUGUUAGUGAGCGGUUCUUGGCCGAGCGGAGGGGCCCCAUUUGCAAUAUAGAUAAUGAGAGGAGUAUGGAGUGAAUGAAGGGAUGUCGAACUAUUGCAGCCGAAGAACGUCGGUCGCUUUGUGAGGUUGCGAGCUGCGAAUUCAGAUACUGUCGUAGGAACGGGCGGGAAGGAAUAGACAGAGGGGAACAGCGAAGCUCGUUGCUGCGAAGCCUGUGUGAUAUAAAUCAAUCAUCUCAUUCGGUGAUUGUGAAAGCCCUAACCCACAAUUAUGGAGAAGCCUUCAGCAAAAUUAUCCGCGUUAUCUGCGGGCUAGAAUUGUCCGUCGUUAGUUAACGGUGAGCAAUAACAAAAGAGCGGUUGUAAUGGAUCGAUUUCACCAUUUUCACCUCCAUCGACCAAUUUGAGGAACUUCUCUUCCGCAUCAAGGUUUACGAAGCCUUGCGUACCGGGGACUCCGAAGAAUGGAUUGGGCACCGAUGCCGCAUCCAAUUCAACAGCAGGUGAUUGAGGUAUGGACGCGUUUAGUAGCGCGAUUAUGGGGCCAAUAGGUGAGUUCUGCAGGGCCUCAGCCUGGCGGCGGCGUGAAUGUUAGAUCAUUCAGAUAGGAAGUAGACAUCACGCACAGAAGUAUUGAACUCGUUGAACAAAUUCGAAGAUGCACUCUCCACGAAAGAUAACUGAUCGAAGUUUGUCACGCAAAUGGAAUUGUUUGGAGACCCUAAGAAUUGAGUGGGAGUGAAGGCCGCCACCAUUGGAUCGAAC